AUGCCUUCGAUCGCCGCCCUUCACCCCGCACCGCCAACCGUGGUCGGCCCUACAACGAAGAAGGCGACCCGCCCGACCAACCCCCUCCCUCAGUGGCUCAUCGAUGGUGCCCGUGUGGAACACAAAGAGACGUUCAACGCGAAGCGACACUUGAACUUCCAGCCCCCGAAGGGCAUCACGACUAUGAAGGAGAUCGGCCUCGAGGGACACGGGGUCUCCCCCGUUGCCGCCUCGGAGCCGUUCCCGCUGUUCUCCCCCGAGGCGAUCAAGCAGAUACGCGCGGAGAUUUUCAGUGAGCCUGUCCUCAGAGACUGCCAAUACUCGUCGAGCUUUGCAAAGAACAUGAUCCGAGGCAUGGGCAGAGAACGCGCCCCGUUCACCUGCGACGCGUGGAGCUCCCCGGAACUGCAGGCCGCCGUAUCCCAGGUGGCUGGCAUAGAUCUCGUGCACGCGUUCGACUACGAAAUCGCCAACGUCAACAUCUCGGUCGAAGAUGAUCCAUCCAAUGUGGGCAAGGUCCAAGAAAAGCCCGACACGUCUGCCUUUGCCUGGCAUUUCGACAGUUUUGCCUUCGUGUGCGUGACGAUGCUUUCCGACUGCAGCGACAUGGUGGGUGGGGAGACUGCCAUCCGGACCCCCUCGGGAGAGGUCAAGAUCCGUGGCCCAGCAAUGGGAACUGCUGUAGUCAUGCAAGGACGAUACAUCGAGCACCAAGCAUUGAAGGCCCUGGGAGGCCUCGAGCGGAUCAGCAUGGUGACGUCGUUCCGACCGCGGGAUCCCUCCAUCCGCGAUGAGCUGGUCUUGACCGGGUCGCGGGCCAUCAGUAACUGGUCGGAGCUCUACCAUGAUUUCACGGAGUACCGGAUGGAGUUGCUCGAGGAACGGCUCCGACGGAAGAUGAAGGAGGAGCGUAAGAGGAAGGAAUCCAAGCGUCCCUUCAACAUUUACGACAUGACUGAGUUUCUGACGGAGCAGAAGAAUUUCUUGGAAGCGACGAUCGCAGAGCUGACCCCCGUGGAGGAUAUGGACUAG